GCCAGCUAGUAGGUUUUUGGAUUAAGUGGCAAGAUGAAUUGCGUGCAAUAGUUGAAUAGGUACCUCAAGUACUAUAUCCUUAUCUCCUUCGAGCUUUCAACACUAUGCUACUCGGCGUGCUAAACAACUUGAAGUAUUUUCUUUGCUUUCGAGAACCCUAACUAAUCGUCGAAAAAAUGAAUUGACCAUGACACGCACCGACUGAGGGGUCAGAGACCAAACGUCGCAUGUCGCAAUAGCAAGCGGCCCGCGCCGGCAGCGGCACCCCGCCCCCCCGGUCAGAUCCGCGGCGUGCCUGCCUUCCUCGGAGAGCACGAGUUGGGUGAUAUUACCAGAGGAUGGGGGGUCCGACGAACCAAAAAGUCGCGGUCGUCAAUGGCCGAUACGUCACGAAGGGUGGAAAGGGAAAAGGGAAGGGAAACAGCAAAAACCCGAGUGGGGCCAAUUUCAUCGGCGGCGUUGGCGGUGGACUGAAGGGCAAAAAGGGCAAGGGAAAGGAUGCCGGCAAGAAGGGCGGAAAAGCCGACGGGGGAAAGAGAAGAAACGUUGGGGGGGAGGCAGACGGAGAUAACGGGCUCAUUGACGACGACGAUGAAAAUGCACCACAGCAAGUGCGAAGGAAACAGCCUGGCGACGAGGAUGUCGAGCUCGAGAAGAAAUUUGGAGUCCACGUGAUGAAGCGUGGCGAGAAAAAGACGGGGUAAGUACUUGGCUUCUUAGGCGAUCAUGGUAGUACUUUUUUGCAUAAGCAAGGAGCUCCUGCAGUAAGUACUUAUACGCGGAGGUGUGACAGCCUCGGUGUCCAUGUUGUUCGAAGAAUACUUAAUAUCGAUCAAAAAAAAUUUUAAAGAUUAGGACGCGCUCCUCGUCUCAGAAUACCAGAAGUGUAGCAUUUGAAAAUAAGCUAAAGCCUCCAAAAAUGUUCUUCUCUCCACCAGAUACCUCUUCAACAUGCGGGAAACCAUCCACCGGUCGGAGGCGAGUGGGCGCGAGCUCGCGGGUCUUCUGUUGUACUGCAUCGGGCGGGAUGGGGGCACGUUUCGCGCGACACACUUGUACCGACCCUACUUCCUCGUUCGCUUGGUGAAGAACUGUCCCGACCGCAUCGUGGAGCUGAUUCGGGGGACGUUGCAGGAACAGUUCUGCACGAGCGAAACCGGAGUGAAGCAGGUGUGUCGCGCGACGGUGGUCGAGAAGGAGGACUUGUCGCUGGAGGACCACCUGGUCGGGCGCAAACGCAAGCUGAUAAAGGUCACGUUCGACAACCAGAACCACCUGCGUCAGGUAUCACAUUGCAAAAUGCCGCCCCCACCCUGGAAGUUUGAAAUAUUUGCGUUGCAUAAGGUUUUCAAGCGCAAAACUCUUUAUCUAUGCGUGCUUGGACGAAGACUGUCACUCAUGCAGAUUGUAGGCGCGCGAAGCAGUUCCGACAUGACAAACCAGGAGCGUGCUGGGCUUGCAACGAAAAUUUUUGCUACUCUGGCUCGAAAACUUGUGAUGCUGUGUACGACAAGCAAAGCGGAAAAUAUUUUUUCCACUGGGAAUUUAUGCAACACACACACUUGCAAAUUCUGGGAUUAACAUGGGGGCAUACAUUUUUCAUUUCGAUAGCAGGGCCUGGAGGCGGUCACGGAGUACGAGAAGCUGACGCGGCGGAACCGCGGCACGCGGGUAUGAAAGUGCACAAUUCCCCCUCCCCCUCAUUUGUCAUGCAGAAUUGCAAGUCCACCCUCUGCCUGUUACUGUUAGUACGGUUUGCAUGACAGAUUCCGGAAUCCGAAACAGCACUACAAUCCCCUAGGAAUUUGUCAUGCAAAAGCUGCAUCUUUGCCAGCGCUUGUGUUGCUGUUCAUGCAACACAAAUGAGGGGGAGGGGGAGUUGUGCACUGUCAUAGCGGGAGGAGAAGAUCUACAGCUUGGACCUGCUGAAGAAACAGGACGAGCGCAUCGACCACUGGAUCUUCGGCAAGCUCGAGUGGGACGUGAGUUACAUGAACCGCAUCUCCAUCGACAAGGACAUCCGCUGCGGCCUGUGGUACGAGGUCGACUUCCCGAAGCAGGUGCUGUACGAGGACGAGAACGAGGACAAGGUGAACUACCAGCUCACCCAGCACCGCAUUCUGGAGUGCGACGACAAGCCCUCGUGGCGCAUCAUGGCCUACGACAUCGAGUGUACCAAGGAGCUAUGAAAUGCAAAAGUGUCUGGGUUUGGAGGAUUGCGAGAUUUUGAUUUGCCAUGCUUGUCUGGCACGACCAAGAAGUUUAUGAUGCGUGUUCAAGAAGAGACCCUUUUGCCUGUCAUGCAAAAACGCAGUUUGUCAUGCGAAAAACGCAACAUAAAGAAGCGCAGAUAUUUCUCAUGCUUGGCUGUGCAUCACAGAGCAUUCACUAUUCCCAACACAGCAUUACAAGUUUCCAGACCCAGACAUAUUUGCAGUUGAUAGGAGCCGUUGAAGUUUCCCGACGCGGAGAAGGACAGCAUUUCGCUGAUCUCGCUCAUGUAUGAAUUGCAAAUAUGUCUGGGUCAGGAAGAUUCUGAGACUUGUCAUGCGCGUUUUGCAUGAGCAGCCAUAAUGUCUGUGAUGCAUGCCCUAGCAUCACAGAUUUUUUGAAGGCUUCUCGAUGCCUAUUCCGCGUGACAAAUGCCCUCUCCGCGUAGGAAAAGUUGCAUUUUCUUUGCUGCUCAUGCAAUACAAAUUUUAUACCCAGACAUAUUUGCAUUUGAUAUCAUGGCCGACGGGUUAGGGUUUCUCAUCGUCAACCGCGAGAUCGUCUCGGAGGACAUCACGGACUUCGAGUACACGCCGAAGCCGGAGUACGAGGGGUACUUCAAAAUCUACAACGAACCCAACGAGAAGGCGACCCUACUAAAGUUCUUCGAGCUGAUCCGGGAGAUCGGGCCCCACGUGAUCUCCACGUUCAACGGGGACUUCUUCGAUUUCGGCUUUGUCCGCACCCGCGCGGACAUCCUGCUGGGCGAGUACACCGGCCCGGAGCAGCCGGGCUGGUCCACGAUCAUGUACAAGGAGGUGGGCAUCGCGCUGCAGCGGCAGGGGUUCUUCACCGGUAAGUGGAUCGUGCAUCUGGACUGCUACGCCUGGGUGCAGCGAGACUCCUACCUGCCGAUGGGGAGUCGCGGCCUGAAGGCGGUGACCAAAUACAAACUCAAGUACGACCCAGUGGAGGUGGACCCGGAGCUGAUGACGCCCUACUGCCAGGAGCGGCCCCAGGAAAUGGCGGAGUACUCCGUGUCCGAUGCGCUUGCCACCUACUACCUCUUCAUGAAGUACAUCCACGACUUCAUCUAUGGGAGUGCGUCACGCUGGAAGUCCGCAAGGCGGAAAAAAUGAUUUGUGAUGUAUAAAAUCGAUGGUACUUCUACUUGUUACCCAUUGUAGUCCUUGGAUCCACAUUUUCUAAAGCGGCGCACGACUACACAUUUUCCAGACGCCGAGAGUGUCAAGCUGUUUAGAGCAACGCCGAGGGCGUCAGUCAGGCUUCUCAGCAGCCCCGUCCAUGAGAUUCGUCAGGUUUUUUACAUUCUGCCUCAGUUGCCUCCUUCAGUGCAAACAACAUAGACGCUCCGUGUGCUGUGGCAUUGCUUGCAUCGAAAGGUGCCCUAUGGGGUGCGUUUUUAGGUUCGCUCGCUUUAGCUUAAAAAGCCAUUCUGUCGAUUUCCAACUGCUGACGCUGGCACAUUCUCUUCGCGCUGUGCUCCAUCAUCCCCUUUCCCCCCGACGACGUGCUGCGCAAGGGGUCGGGCACGCUGUGCGAGUCGUUGCUGAUGCGCGAGGCGUUCCGGUGCAACGUGGUGUUUCCCAACAAGCACGAGGACCAGGCAAUCGAGUAUCACAAGGGGACUUCGCGGUUGAUCGAGCAGAAGACCUACGAGGGGGCGCGCGUGGAGUGCAUGCGGGUGGGGGUGUUCCGCAAGGACAUCCCGGAGCGGUUCCGCCUGGACCCGGCGGCCUUCCAGGUGCUGCUGAACGAGGCGUACGACACCUGCAAGUUCUUCUGCGAACAGUAUCAAAUGCAAAAGUGUCUGGGUCUGGAAGAAUGCAGACUCGUCAUGCAUAUUUUGUAUGAUGAUUGAUGCCUCUAAUGCAUGAUCUAGCAACACAGAUUUUUAGACGUCUUCCUAAUGCCUACUCCGCAUGAGAAAUGCCCUUCCGCUCUCUCCGCGUGGAACGGGUGUCCACCUAGGGUAUUGGCAGAGGCUAAAUCUGUUCUAACGCCACGGUAUUGGCAGAGGCUAAAUCUGUUCUAACGCCACCCUGACAGGAGUCAAAUGUCAAAACGAUACGAUACGCGUAACACAAACUGGAGUCCUGUUGCUGGUCAUGCAAUACAGAUUUUUUAGGAAUCCAAAGACAGCAUUACAAGGUGCAAUCUUCCAGACCCAGAUAUUUUUGCAAUCCAUAAACAGGAGGAGAACACGAAGAUCGAGGAUGUCGCGAACUUCGACGAGCAGGUGGCCCUUUUGAAGGAGCAGCUGUUGUCCCUGUGCGACCCCGAAAAGGUGGCGCGCCAAAUCGCCUACGAAAAGGAGAAGUUCGGCGUCCUGCGCUCGGCGUACACGCCGGCGGGCGAGGGGCUGACGCCGACGGACGCGGCCAUGCAGCAAGAGAUGCCGUACGAGCUCGAGGUCGUGGAGUGGGAAGAGGUCGAGGGCACGGCGGGGGUGAAGCAGGGCGGGAAAACCAUCAAAAAGCGAGCGAAGCGGGUGGUUUUGAACGACAACCCGCUGAUCUACCAUCUCGAUGUCGGGGCGAUGUAUGAGAGUGCAUAACCCCACCUGGUCCCCCUCAUUUGUAAAAAUGCAAAAAGGCAAAUCCACGCACUUGCUCUAAGCUCUGUCCGCAGUGCAAAUUUCGGGAGCUCCAACAGCACUAUAGAAUCCGUGUGCAGGAGAUUUGUCAUGCGGAAGGCCCAUGAUCCAUCUCUGCCGUUGCUUGUGUUGCCGCUCAAGCACUUCAAAUGAGGGGCAGGGGGACGAGUUGUGCACUCUCAUACGAUGUAUCCGAACAUCAUUUUGUCGAAUCGCUUGCAACCGAGCGCCAUGGUGUCCCCCGAAUUCUGCCAGUCGUGCUCCUACAACGACCCCGCGAACAACUGCCAGCGGAAAAUGGAGUGGAAGUGUCGGUACGAGCUCUUCCAGACCUCCAAGGGCGAGGUGCGGAACUUGGUGCACAAGUUGGCCGAACCUCAGAACAAGUACAACCACCGUGAGAAGGGAGAGCUCACCCGCGUGCCAUGGAAGGAGCUCACAGAAGCCGAACAGGUAUUAAAACUCUUUAGUUGGAAUAAAAACUGGGGCUCCAUUUUGUGCGGCAAUCAGCUGUUCUUGUGAUGAAGGGCAACUACGGAUCAACUUCGUGCUUGCUAAAUGAACAGCACUUUAUUUUUUUUUUCGCUUGUUUCGAGAAUCCAAUAAAUUUGUCGAUUUUUUUUUCGCGUUUCCAGUCGUUCUUCAGUUAGUGACCACAACGCGGAAAAAUAAAAAUCAUCGCUCAACACCAGGCGAAGGAAACCAUCGCAGCCGCGCGCGCGUACAGUCAGAAAGUGUACAAGCGGUUGAAGAACUCGCUUUACGAGGACAAGGUCGAUAUUGUGUGCCAACGGGAAAACAGUUUCUAUGUGGACACGGUCCGCAACUUCCGCGACCGGCGGUACGUGUACAAGCGGAAGAACAAGGAGUGGGGCAUAUCAUGUGUAAAAACUUCCCCACUCCAUAGUCAAGAUGGGAGAUUUGCUAGACAAAUCAGCCAGCUUAGGUUGUUGCGCAUGACAAACGUGGCCUCGUAGUGCAAUCGUGUUUAGCUUGUUCAGCAGCGUCACAGAUCUACUAGCCUAUUACUCUGAUUGGCGCACCAUUACAAAUUCCAAGGCACGAGUAGAAAACGCUUCUCAUGGGGCUCCGCAUGAGAAACACGCUGAGCAUGCAGAAUUGGGGAUGUUUUGCCACAGGAUAGGGCAAGAAGAAGGAGAAAGCGAUUGAGUCCGGCGACCCGGUGAAGAUCAUGGAGGCCAACGACCGCUGCUUGCUCUACGAUUCGCUGCAGCUGGCGCACAAGUGCAUCUUGAACAGUUUCUACGGGUACGUGAUGCGCACGGGCGCGAGGUGGCACAGCAUGGAGAUGGCGGGGAUCACCACUUUCACGGGCAGUAACCUGAUUCGCGAGGCGCGCGAGUUUGUGGACCGCGUAGGGCUGCCCAUCGAGUUGGACACGGACGGGAUUUGGUGUAUGCAACCGCCAGGAUCUUCGAAACUUUCACAGUUGAAUGAAAAAGCUAGACAGGGCAAAAGAACAUGCGUCGAAAUUAAUUGACCAAAUGUAUUCACUCGACCUGCUAAGCUAGCUGGCUGUAGUAGUUCAAAACUGCGCUCGCUGAAGAUGCGUCAAAUCAGACGACAUGCGUACUUACACAAUAAUAGUACAAUACGAGUACUACUACCUAAACCAGGCAAAGCCACUUUUUUAACCUUGAAAAGUUCGAAGAUCCUGGCACUCUUAUAACAUGCAUGAUCCCGAAAAGCUUCCCUGACACGUUCAAGUUCAAGACCAAGGCCGGGAAGGAGCUAAAAAUGACGUACCCGAACUCGGUGCUGAAUCUGCGGGUGGACCAAAAGUACGCCAACCAUCAAUACCAGAACGGCACGGAGGUGUUUGUGGACAAGAAAACCGGGGAGGCCCAGGAGAACCUCACCGAGGAGCAAAAGAAGGAGAUUCUGGCCGCGAACAACGCGGAUGGGAAGAACAAAUCGCAGAUCGUGAAGGCCACGGAGUGGAAAGUGUCCAAGGAAAACAGUAUCCUGUUCGAGGUCGACGGGCCCUAUCGCUGCAUGAUCCUGCCUGCCUCCACGGACGAGGACAAGAUGCUGAAAAAAAGGUACUGUGUAUGAAAUGCAAAAAUGUCUGGGUCUGGAAGAAUGCAAGAUCUGUCAUGCAUAUUUCUCAUGAACCAUGAUGCCUGUAAUGCAUGACCUAGCAUCGCAGACAUUUAGAGGGCUUCCUGAUGCACCUUCCGCAUGAGAAAUGCCCUGUCCGUGUAGCACAAACGGCGCCCCCCUUGCUGGUCAUCGAAUACAAAAUUUUUUAGAGUCCAAAAACAGCAUGACAAGUUGCAAUCUUCCAGACCCAGACAUUUUUGCAGUUGAUGCUGUGUCUGGGAGGACGACGGCAGCAUCGCGGAGCUGAAGGGCUUUGAGGUGAAGCGCCGCGGCGAGUUAAAAAUGAUUCAGGUGUUCCAAGAUGAAAUCUUCAGAUCUGGCGCCUUCCUCAAAGGCUCCUCCCGGCCAGAAGUCUACCAGGAGCUGGGCCGCAUCGCGGAUCGCUGGGUGGACGUGCUGGAUAGCCGCGGGGCCUCUCUCACGGACGACGAUAUCACCUUUCUCGUAUCCGAAACCAAAUCCAUGUCGAAGUCCGUCAACGACACAGCGGACGGCCAGAAAUCCGUGCAGGUAUUUUUUUCGAUAGCAUCAUCAACAUUCAUCUCGGCCACCAUCAUCAUCAUCAUCAUGCAUUGUAGUUCUUCCAUGAGUAAACAAACACGUUCAUACGUGUGGUCGUUUUCUUGCACUUUCUGAACAAACGCGGAACUGCUGCUUUCUCUAAUAUCUAUCACGAAUGAUCACGAUGUAGUUCUUGAAGGAUAAUCGAACGCAAAAACUCAGAUUUGUUGCGCGAAGCGGUUGGCGUACAUCCUCGGUCCGCAGAUUCUGGAUGACGAGAAGCUUACGUGCCAUUUGGUAAUUGCCCGGAAGCCAGUGGGCGCGAAGGUGACGGAGCGCGCGAUUCCCAUGAAGGUGUUCAACUUGGAGGACUCGCUGAAGCGCACGUAUCUGAAGGAGUGGCUGAACGAUAAAAAUCUGGUUUCUACCGACAUGCGGGACAUCAUCGAUUGGGGGUACUACAAGGAGCGGCUGGGCGCGUCCAUCCUGAAAAUCAUAUGCAUCCCGGCCGUGAUGCAGCGGUACGGCAACCCGGUUCCGCGGAUUCCGUUGCCGCAGUGGCUGCAGAAGAUCCAGAAGAAGUGGAACGACGCCCACGUGCAGGGAACCAUGUUUGAGCUCAUGCUGGACGACAAAGAUCCCAUCUCGGGGGCCGCCGCCCCGUUGAAACGCGGCACGCGGACCGCGCUGGGUGAUAUGGAGGACGGCUUCGAGUUGGCGAAAAAGCGGGUGAAGAUGACCAACGUGCAAAAGCGCUUCAUCCCGAAGUCACUCGAGGACGUUACCGUGGACGAGAUCUUCGGGGCGGAAGUGCAGGGAUCGGUGGGGGCACUGCGUACAAAAGAGACUACUUACACCCUUCAUGUUUUGUACUUGCAAAAAUAUAAAAUACUCAUUUCUUGUCUAAAUCUAAAUGAUCCACAGACCAGAGCGCGAUUCUCGCAAACCGCUACCCAGGUUCGAAAUUUGCGCACGCUGCUACGCUGAAGAAUCUCGGGAUCAUAGAGGACCCAAAGGAGGCUCUGAAGCAGGUGAAAGUCGACAAGAAGGACGAGGAGUACUGGAACAAAAUGCGCAUCCGGGCAGGUAACUGGCGGAUCGUCGCGGUGGAAACGGCGGAGGAGCGGCAGGGCAACGAGCUUCGCGUCGGCGACGAGAUUUGGUGUCUGCGGGACGAAGCUCCGACGGCCGGCGAGUAUGGGAGUGGAGGUUUGCUGCACCAGAACCACGAACCACCCGAGCAGCAGCCCAGUUGGGAGUCCCACAAGGCCUCCGUGCUGCCGUUCGUGAACCAGAACCCGCAGCAGCGACCGCAGAUCCGUGUGAAGUUUGUAAUGGACGGCGCGGUGCAGGUGAUCCCGCUGUCCUGGCUCGCUGGCGUGGCGAACGUCGGCGUCCUCUCGGUGUGGUGUGUGACCAGCAGCCCCGAGCACGGUUUGUUCCGGGCCGAGGUGGAGAUGAAGCGGCUGAUGCGGUUCGGCGUCGCCGAGAAGCAAAACGAGGACGUGCAGAAUCCGCUGCGGCUACAGGACGCCGCCGUCGGGGACGCAGUGGUGCCGCUGGACUACCUGCGGCAGGAGGUCAACCACGGCGCCCCCCGGGCGAAAGCGGCCGCGAAGCAGGCGCCGGAGAACAACCAGAGCGUGCUGGACAUGAUGCGGCAGCGCCAAGAUCGUGCGCAACAAAUAAGACCUGCCGUCGUGGACGAGCCAGAGGACGACGACGACGCGGCGGGCGGGAAGGCCACGGCGCUGACGCGGGAGGGGAAAAUCAAGGAGGUGGUUCUGAACGAGAACAAGACUGUCCUCCAGCAGCCGAACAAGCAAAGGUCGACGUGGAGACCCUACGUUAAAGUGAAGUGGCACUUUCUGGACCAGCAUCGCAACGUGAUCCGCAAGGAGGAGGAGAUUCUGCACGCGGACAGCUACACGCAGUUGCUGCCGCUGUCCAAGACCCGGAACACGCGCACCGUGAAGGUUCGGCCGCCCCGCAACCAGCCCUUCAAGGAUGAGCAGACGGGCGAGUCCCUGAUCGUGGAGACUCUCGUAAACGAGUCGGAGUACCAAACCAAGAAGCUGGAGCAGAACGUGCUGUCCCUCCUGGCGGACACCGGGCACGCAUCUGGUGGAAUGAUGGGCGUCAGCACAGUUGGGGGAACGACCGCGAACACCCCGCAGGUGUACGAGGCGGAGGAGCCGCUGCUGCUGAAGUUUCUGUCGCUGUGUGGCAGCCGCGUGUCCGUGCGCGGCGACCGGCUAACCGUGGCGCAGAAAAAGACGCUGCGGCUGAAGUUUUCCGACCUAAACAUCUUCACCAGCGCGGGCGGCUCGGGCGGGACAACCACCGCGGAAGACGAUAUUUCUCUUGAGUCGGGUCUGCUCUCCGCCGUCGACUCUGGCAGCGCGGUGUUCGAGAAGAGCCUGGCGCGCCACGCCUUCUUGCACAUCGCUGUGGAGAAAAGUGCAAAUGCGUCGGUCGCGAGCCCGGCGAGCCAGCAGCGGUGCGUAUUCGGGCUGUAUGUCCCCUGCAUGAACCACUGCUCCCUGGUCUUGGCCGGCCCCUCGCCGGGGAUCGACGUGGACGUGGAGCAGCUAGAGAGCGACCUGUACUACCGGGUGCUCCCGUUGCAUCAGAAGUACCUGGUCAACGACGGGGUGUGCCACGAGGAGCUCCUCGAGCGACUCGAGUCCAAAGUGGUGCUGGUGCGCGACUGGGAGGAGCUGCAGCAGGAGGCGGAUUCCAUUUUGUCCCAGAUUCGGGAUCUGGCAGGCGACCUGAUUUACGUGCUCAACUCCAACGUUGGGUUGAAGGAGCUGCGGGGGGUGGGCAACUACGUGUCCGGCGCCCAGGGUGCGGCGGGGCAGCAGGCGGAUGGCUGCAGUAGUACCGGUGGGGGCGACGGCGGGCUGUUCGCGGCGGGAGGUGGGGAUCAUAGUACGACGGCAAACUUCUUGCCCCACGGGGGUGCACCGCAGACCUCAGGUGCGGGUGUUUCUCGCGUGAUCAAGCAGCUCCCGAUUCUGCGCAAAUCACCGGUGGCCAUGAGCGACUGGGGAGCGAAGGACGGAUUUUUCCCGGCCGACAACGCUGCGUUUCCGGCUUGGGCGAUCCAGCGGUUCGCGCGAGUCGUGAAGCAGCGGCACGAGUGGUGGCAGGGCCAGCUGUCGUAUGCUCGCGCGGCGGACUUGCCGGUUUGCAAUCUGAGCAGCUCCCUCGCGACUAAGGACGUGGCCUCCACAAAGCGGCUUUCGUUGGACGUGGUGUACAAUCGGUUUCUGCGCGAGAAGGGGCUGCUAACCUGGGCGUCGCCGCACCAGUACCCCGACCUGGGAAACUACGCGCUGGCGCGGGAGGACAUCUUAGAGCAGAAGUCCACGUUCUUGAAACGGUUGCUGCCCCGCAACCUGGGCAGCCUGCUCGACAGCACCGGCGGCGGGGGUGCGGCCGCGAACCAGCACAAUGCGCGGUUCCACGGCCUAGACAAGAUCGAGGAGGAGAACCACCCGGGCGUGUACCGCAGCGUCUGCCUGAACCUCAAGUUGCACAACGCGUUGACCUUCUUCGCGAUCUACAGUGCCGUGGAGAUCGCGGACGAGUUCAACUCCGAAAUCUCGCUGUACCGUAAAAACCGCGAGCAAAACAAGCAGGAGUUUUUGGAGCACUUCGAGGAGUGUGGUAUCCCAGCAAUCGAGGCCCUGGUGUCCGCCGUGCGAUGCAUGGUCUUCAAAGCGGAAGCGGUCGGCGAGCUGACACGACAGGUGAAGGCGGACCUGAUUGCUUGCAAGGACGAGUACCUUGAGCUGCUGUUGGAGGACCACAUGAUCACGGAAUUUGGAGAGGAGAACCUGCACGCAUGGCACGAGUUGGGUGGGGUCGAUCCCGUGAAGAGAGGACCCAGCAGCAUCGGUUCCGCGUCCGGUUCCAAAGGAAAAAAUGCCGCGGUGCAGCCCAUGGAUGUGGAAGGAGAUGAUGAAGAAGGCAAUAACUCUACUGGUGACCACGACGCUUCCCCGGGCGGAAACUACCAGGAAGGGGGUAGUUCCAGCUCCACUGCAAAUAGGACGAGAAAACGAAAGAGACUCAAUUUGUUGAUCGCCGAGGACGACGACGAUGAGGUUCUUGAGAACGACGGCGACGAGGGGGAAAAUAAAGACAAGCCGAAGAGAACCUUGUUCGAAGAAAUGGCAAUUUUUGCUGCGGAGUUCGACAUCACGCUGGAUAACGUGGAGCAGUACGUGGAGCAAGCGCUUGGGAACCCCAUGCUGGUUUCGAAUCUGCCCGUUGCCGUUGUGCGGCUCAUGCUGCGAUUGCAGAACGCCCAGCGGGACAACGAGACCGUUACCAUGUUGACGGAAUACCUCUGCAGUUGGCUGAGUUCCCCGGCGAGUUUUCUGUACGACCCGGCUUUGCUGAAGCGCGUGAACGCGUACUCGCAGAAGGGGUUCGAGCUCUUCCUGCGCGAGCUGCGGCUGAACCAGUGCGAGGUGAUUCACGCGUCGGCCAACCGGGUGCUGAUCGCCACCGGCAAGCUUUCCUUCGAGGAGGCCAUGCACAGCUUUCUGCAGAUACGGAACUCGGUCCUGCAGGACCCGCUACUGAAGCUUCUCGAGUGCUGUCUGCACGAGCACUGCGUUGACCAGGCGUACUACGGGCUGAUGUGGUACGACCCGCAGCACUACGUGGGCUUUUCCAUCCCGCUUGCGGACGUGGUCUCGGAGGACGGCACCUACGUUGAGAUGGAAAAGGGCGCAGUGGCGUUCGACCGCGCCGAGUGGAAAGCGCUGGGGUGCGAGCAGCUGCCCCAGGGCGUCCAGCGGUCGCUCGGUCUCUUUCUCGAGGAGUACCUCCGGUGUGCCAUGCAGUUCGCGUACGAGCGGAAGCAGGAGUCGGUCCGCGUGGGCGGCCGCAAGAUGCACCUGGUCGCUGAAUACCAAACGUAAAAAUGUCUGCGUCUGGAAGAUUGCCAGGUUUUUCAUGCACAUUUUGCAUGACUCCUGAUGUCUGUGAUGCAUGCCCUAGCAUCACAGAUUUUGUGAGGGCUUUCUGAUGCCUGUGCCGCAUGACAAAUGCUCUUUCCGUGCAGCAAAACUUGGGCUCUCUUUGCUGCUCAUGCAAUACAGAUUUUUUUAGAAUCCAAAAUUAAUCAGCAUGACAAGUUGGAUUCUUCCAGACCCAGACAUUUUUACAGGUGAUACUGAAACGAUCGAGGAGGACAUGGUGGCGAAACUCGAGGAGUUAUCCUGUGUAAAAACGUCCCCACCCCAUAGUCAAGUUGGUAAAUCUGCAACGCAAAUCUCCAAGUUUUGGGAGCUUUGCAUGACAAGUUUCCAUCUGUAGCGUCGUGCUGUCCAGCAAGGGCAGCCGCAUGAGAAAGCCAGCCUCUCAUCCUGUUUACAGCAUUACAAAGUCCAAGACACGAUUGGAAGUGCCUCUCAUGCAGAUCCGCAUUACAAAUGUUCCUGUCAUUGCACAUUUACAUGACAACUCUGGGUUGGGGACGUUUUUACACAGGAUAGGAGUUCCUGAAUCAGGACCUGGCACGCCGGGCGCAGGUGUACCUGCGCCGGCUACCCCUGGACCGCAGCGAGGACGAGGCCAAGGCUGAGCACUUGCGGCACCAGAUUCAAGAACUGGAACAGAACGCAGAUCGCUUGGACUCGGACGAUUCCGAGUUCGAGGACGAGGAGGAGGACCGAGCCGACGGCGCGGGCGGUGGAAGUAACGACCCGGACGAAGUCUUUCAUGGAAGUGAUGACGCCGGUGACCUGGAUGCCGAGCGGCAACACGAGAUGCAAGAAAAGAAUUCGCGCUUGGUCCAGGUGUUCCAGGACGUGGGUGUCACACUAAAGAGCCAAAUCCUCGCGAAGACCACGGGAGGUGGAGCAGCUGCGCGUCGCAGAAAGAAGCUGCGGGACCCGGAUGAUCCGGGGCGGGGGCUGGCGCGCGGACAGGAGCUGAAGCAGCUGCGGGACUGGGAGAGUUUAUUGCACACCCUGGGCAAGAAGUGGGAGUUUGCGAAUGUGCCGCCUCCGCUACGACCUUGGCGCGCGGUCGGACUCGAGUGGGCUCAGCUGCUGAUGACGUUUCUGAAGCUGGACGCAAAGUUGGCGGAGUCUUGCGACAAGCUAUUUCACAUCCUCGUCUUGCAGACCCUGAAGCUGGACGAACCGCACGUGCUGCGGGAGCAGUGGCGGCCGAACUACUUGAGUCUGAAGAUUCCGAACUGCGAAUGCCCCGGCUGCUCCGUGGUGUACGAUGUAGAUGUGGCCACGAAUCCCUACGACGAGCCCGGCAAGUGGUGGUGCGUGGCCUGUUCCGCGGCGACGUUUUCCACGGACCAGAUGGAGCUCCGGCUGAUCGACUGCCUGCACAAGGUGGUCAGCAGCUUCCAGUCGCAGACGCUAACGUGCGGCAACUGCCGCAAGCUCAAGGACGACCACCUCUUCGAAUACUGUAUCUACUGUUCCUCUACCCUCUCCAAUGCGGUCCCCACGCGCGACGUGAAGCUGGUGUUUCGGACUAUCGAGUCCAUCGCCGAGCAACAUGAGUUGGAGGCGCUGCGCCGCCAGGUCGCCUUCUACAAAUGGAUGCUCUAGCGCGGAGACUCGUCCAUGACGCGACUUGAGAGUUGUACUCGAGCCGGUGGCGGUCGCAGCUUUUGGCGGUCGCAUUUUUGUCUGAGAAGUGUGCCCAACUUCGUUUUAACAUCGGAUUUUUUGCGAAUAUCUUUUGACGUUUUCUGCUGAUGCACUUUCUGCACACUCAACUACUUUCGAAUAAAUCUAACGAUAGAUUCUAACAUGAUUAGAAUCAAGAAACUAAAACAAUCUGAAAUAUCGCGCGUAGACGGUAAUGUGGUACGGUCGGGCGUUGCCAAGGCGAGGAAGGAUGUUAUUUCACCAGUUGAGGUCGCUUUUAAUGAAAAGCUGCCCAUG